AAAGUAAUGGCGGACGCGCAGUAGUCAAACAAAGAUGUAGUUGGCUGUCUAUUUGGGAAGGGGUACACGUUCCGAUGUAUUUUAGAGUUUAGUGGUCUAACUUAUGUGUGAUAUACAUAACAAGAUCUUUCAACUGCAUCAGUCUUCGCAAAAUGUUGUUGGAUUACCGCCUUGAUGAUUCCGAAUUUACAUACUGAUUCAUCGCGUCAUCGUUAUGCUCGGUUGCUAUUGCAAGGGCGUGGCAUAAUUUGUAAGAUCCGUACGAGAUCCACGCUGAUCCACGCUCAUUUUCAUAAAAGGCUAUGUUACGUUCGCUGACGUCGGAUUGGUCGUCACGGUUUAAAAUCUGACAAGAUUAUGGAUGUGUCAACUGUAUACUAGUCCCAUAGGUAGUUCUUCAACAUCAUUUUGUCAUUUAUUUAAUUAGAGAUCGUUGUAAAGCAGAUUGAACUCAGGAGAAUAAAAAGAAAAUAUACGAAGUAUAUUUAUCAACGUCAAAAAACGUAAUCGUCCUCUUCCGUUAAAAUAUGCCAGGGGUUACAGAUAUGUCCUUGGAUCACAUGUUUUGUUCUCGCUGCAGAGAAGGCUUUGCCACACAUGAGAAAAUUGUUAACUCAAAUGGGGAAUUAUGGCAUCCUCAAUGUUUUGUGUGCGCACAGUGCUUCCGCCCAUUCCCAGAUGGGAUUUUCUAUGAAUUUGAAGGAUAUAAAUAUUGUGAACAUGACUUUCAUGUUUUGUUUGCCCCAUGCUGCGGCAAAUGUGGUGAGUUUGUUAUCGGUCGAGUAAUUAAGGCAAUGAAUUCGAACUGGCAUCCUCAGUGCUUCCGCUGCGAAGAGUGCAAUGGCGAAUUGGCAGAUGCAGGCUUUAUCAAGUGUCAAGGCAGAGCGUUGUGUCAUACAUGCAAUGCCAGAGUGAAGGCUGAUGUACUCGGAAAGCACAUAUGCCAUCAGUGCCACGGAGUAAUCGAUGAUAAGCCUUUACGAUUCCGCGGUGAGCUUUAUCAUCCGUAUCACUUUAACUGUACAGCUUGCGGCGUAGAAUUGAAUUCCGAAGCCAGGGAAGUACGUUCUCGACCUGGUUAUGCCGCCAAUGAAAUGAACGAAUUGUAUUGUUUGCGCUGCCACGAUAAAAUGGGAAUUCCAAUUUGCGGUGCUUGUCGACGUCCCAUUGAAGAGCGCGUCGUAACAGCCCUCGGCAAGCACUGGCACGUUGAGCAUUUUGUUUGUGCAAAAUGCGAGAAACCUUUCCUUGGUCAUCGUCAUUACGAGAAAAAAGGUCUCGCUUACUGCGAGACUCAUUAUCAUCAGUUGUUCGGGAAUCUCUGUUUCGUUUGUAAUCAAGUUAUUUCUGGAGAUGUUUUUACAGCACUGAACAAGGCGUGGUGCGUUCACCACUUUGCGUGUGCAUUUUGUGACCAAAAGAUGAAUCAGAAGACGAAGUUCUUCGAAUUCGAUCUGAAACCCGCGUGCAAGAAGUGUUACGAUAAAUUUCCGCAAGAAUUGAAGAAACGCAUGCGACGUAUGUACGAUCUGAAUCCCAAGAGAAUUCCACCAGCAUAAAUUCGCCUCUCAAAGAGAGAGACAGUUUGACAGUUAAUUAAAUACUCAUCUGCGCUAUUGUGCCUUAUUAUUCGUUUUAAUAUUGAUGUACAAAAUAUAUAUUUAAUCUUUUAUCACUUUAUAAGUUACAUGGAAAAUAUCAGAACUACUUCAACGCUUUAUUUACUUUGAUAUGAAGAGUUAUUGAUCAUAUUUUAACCACUUCUUAUUGAGAGAAAUUAUUUGUUAAUCUUGACUGAAAGAAUUUUGAAAAAAGGGUGCAAUAUUAUGGAAACAUUUUUUCAGGUUAGACGAAACGCCUAUUUUAAUUGAUAUGUAACACAUGUACUUGCAAUUAUCUUAGCUAAUCUAGAUAAUAUAUAAAUAAAUAUGUGAAAUAUUUUUAAAAAACCUAUUUGUAUUAAAUAUACAAAUGUGUCUAAAUAUAACAACAAAUAUACAAUAACUUAAAAAAAUGUUUUUGUAAAUUAAAUUACUGGGGAAUGUUAAAGUAAACAUCAAGUCCAUUAUUUAA